CUGCCAGCGACCGUUGUAUGGCGUGGCUUGUGGUUGGUUGGCUAAGUGAAUUGAAUUGACCACCCAAUUAUUUGUGUGCUGGAAACGCGCGAUUUAGUCGAUUUCGUGACCACCUGAAGGAAUAGACGUGAAACGUUUCUAUUGCCGUGCGAACAAAGUGCUUGAUUAUUAUUAUUUCUUAAUUCUAAUAUAUUUUCUAGCAACGAGCCACGAAGUGAAAGAGGAAAUCGACUUAAAAUCAAAAAGUAAAAACUGAAAAUAAACUGUGAUCGAAAUUAAUUAAAAAUAAUCUUAGUAAUAAGUUGUUCGAAUUUCAAUAGAUAAUUUAAGUGAAAUUAAGAAAUAAAAAAUGGGUUGCGCCAGCAGUACACCAAUGGUUGCCACAGCUGGCAGUGAAAUGUUGAAAGCAGCCACACAUGUUGCCGCAGAUGCAGCCAAAAGCGCAGAGCAUGCAGUGGCAGAGGUUAACGAAUCAGUUGGCAAAUCAUUGGACACCGCCAAAGAGACCGUUGGCACCGCUGUCACAGGUAUCGCACACGAUCUGGGCAGCGUUUUUACCGAGAAGUCAGGUGAAUUGGACACAGCGAAAAAUCAACUCUUGGAACGUUUGCACUUGGGUGGUGCAGCUGGCGCUAACAAGGCCCUUGAGCAAACAGUCGCGUCGACAACAGCAAAUCACUUGGACGCAUCAGCUUUGGAGGCGGCUGCACGAGCACCCACACCACCACCCGAUUUGGACAGUUUGAAAACUUCAACACCCGAACCAGAAAUAGAACGUGCAAUGGCUAAUGCGUCUGAGGACACUCCGCCAACGCCAAAACCGUCUAUUGCCGAGUUGGAAAAGUUAACAGCGGAAAUAAAGCAUACAGCACAGACAACAGUAGCUGCAACAGUCACGGAUGGCGCUGUUGAGGCUAACAAACAGUCGAAUGCGGGGGAGAUGUCAAGUGGAACAACUGCGGCCACUGAACCGGCCGUGGACAUGGUUGCAUGGUUGGCGGCGGAAAAACGUCCUGGCACCACUGAGUGGGAGAAACACGCCGAUCACUUAUCGAAGACACGCAAAGUGAGUGAGUUUAAAGGUGGUGGAAAGUUUCGACGCUUCGGACCAUCUCUACAGGCGGCAAUAAAGCCUGCCAAUUACCACAAGCCAAUGGAAAAUAUGAGACGUACCCUUCUCGAGGAUGACAGUUGUUACAGUGAUGCUUACUACAAUAGUCACAGCAGUCCACAGCAUUCGUCCGCCUCCGAUAGUCCACGAUUGAGACACGCACGUUUGCCCAUAAAUGGCGUACUCGCCGCCAAUGCCAAACGAAUGCAACGUGAGUUUGCAACAUUUGUGAGUAAUCGACGCAGCGGACUGCGUUCAUUAGCCGUGUCACCAGCGAUGGGUCGUCACUUCGACUAUAAUCCGCAACGGCCGCGUUUUGGUUUACCAACUCCAUCCGUUAUUGGGUACACACGUUCUGGUUACUCCACACCCACCUUGGUUAUGAACUCGGAGCUGCUGCCUAAUCCACACACAGCUGGCUGGAAGAGAGGUAUGGGAGUUUCGUCCAUCAAUUCGCCGCCGGCACGCAUAGGUAGAGUACCAACACGUGCUAUCACGUCCUUAGAUCCUUCGCUCACGACAAAUGUCAUUUCACAACCGAAAGUAAAAUCUACAAAAGCCUUUGCCUCCCUACGAGCUGAAUCUAAUGGACGCACUAGAAUAUUUGGUCAAACACGUACAGGUUCGCCAACAAAUCGCAGAGUAUUUGCUAAGAGAACAAAUUCACCACCAAAGGUUAAGGGUCGUUUAUUAUAUGCGCGAUCAGAGUCACCGGCGCGUGGAAAGCCGCUGAAGCAAAAUAAAGUAGUGGCAACUACUAAAGUGAAGCCCUUAAGGCAAGCUUCGACUAAAAUCCGACUGGAGCGUGAGGCAAGCAUAAAAGAACACAAGGAAUCUCCAAAAGCAGAGAUGUCAGCAAAUAUAUUUUCAUUAUCGAGAGCACUGUCGCCCAUUAAAAUUGCAGCGGAGUCUCAUUCGCUGCCACAUUUGAAGAGUACAGAACAGAAAGUGACGCCCACAGCGUCUUCCUUGCUGCAAGUUGUGGAACAAGCUGUAGAACGUGCGAAAAAUGAUGGUGCGCACUUAGAUAUUGGUAUUAAAGAGAGCCCAAAAGUUGCAAAGAAUUUGCCAAUGAAGAACGAAGUAUCUGUGAAAAAUGAUAACAGAAAAGAAACACCUAGGAGGUCACAGAAGACGGAAAAGAAUAGUGAGAGGAAGAGUGCCAGCGGAAAUGUUGUUGAAAGCAAUAAAAAUAUUGUAAACAACAAGUCAGCUGAAAAAGCCAGCAACAAGCGCGAAAACCAAGAUGAAGAAUUUGCCAGCAAGGAAGGUACUAAGAAGCAAACGCCAAGUCCUAUGCGACAAAGCUUAAAGAGUGAUUCAAUCUCCUCAAUUUCCAAGCGACGAAACUCAAAAAGUCAAACAACUACACCAAGCCCGAUGAGACGGUAUUCUAAGGGUGCAAUAACUAUGGACAAGGAAAAAGAAAAAAAUCACGAUCAGCAAGUAGGUUCGGCGGGGAAGACGCAUAGUCCCAAAAAUAUUGAGGGAGAUAUUAAACAAGGUAUCAGAGGUCGUUUCAGUAUGAGUCCAAAUAAGAAACACACUUUUGAUGCAGGAAACACUGAAGAGAAACGAAAACUUUGGACCAGUGCAAGCCCAGACGGUAGAAAACCAAGAAGCAGUCGUAGUAUAGCUCGAGAAACGGAAUUAAAUACAAGACGAAAUUCUAUGCAAAGCUCUAUCCUAUUGAGCAAUUCGAGUCCGAAUGCAAAGCAACGAGAUAAUCAUGCAAAUAAAUCAGCUGAUCAUGGCUCAUCAAGUGGACAUAUCUCGUGCGUUAAUCAAACGACACCAGAGUCAAAGCGUACUAAGUCCAAUAGCAGUCACUCAAGCAAAAGUAAUUGGAGCAGUUCCAGUAGACAAAGCAGCCACGUCGAAUACACAAAUAUUAGCAAUCGGUUCGAAAGUAAUGCAGUGCAGAGUGCGGUACGUAAGGAAAGAAGUCCCAGUCCGGGAAAGUUCAAUCUCACAAGCUCAAACCAUACGGAGAAUGAGACUAGAGCAAUGAAACAACAAAAGAUAUCUACAGAAUUUGAUAAAAAUACAAACCCAAAUAGCAAUCUUAACUCUAAAGAUGAGCAGUUUAAAGAUCAUAUUGAAAGCAUCCAAUAUAGCCCACCUAACGCUAAGGACUACGGUCAUGAAAAACGAAAAACCAAUACAAUAAAUGGAAAUUCUCGUUAUCAUGAUGAUGAAGUCCAUGCGCGAAGUCAUACAAUCAAUUCUGAUGAGGAUGUAGUUGUAAAAACCACAAGUUCCAGUAAGAAUUCGAGUACCAAGAGCGUGCAAAGCCAAGUACGAAAUAGUAAUGAAUAUUUUAUAAAAGAUUUCACAAAUCAUAAACGUAUUCCUAGCGAAACAACUUUAGUCAAUAACAAAGCAAAUAACAGCCACAGAAAUGAUGAACACAAAGUACAAACUCCACAAAUUUCAACCCACCAAAGUAAUGUCAGCCCAACGAAACAAAACAUAAGCACUAGAUACUCACCCAAUCUACACUCAAAUAAUAGUUCACCAUCCAAAUCUUCAAAGUCUUCCACAAGUAUUGUUAUACGUACAAAUUUUUCAACACCCGAAACAGAAGAAUAUAGUGAAGACGCUUUGAACCGCGAGUUAUCGGCUGAGCUUGAGCAACUUAAACGAUACGACGACGAACCAACUGAUGAGAUUGAAGAGAGUUUUGUACAACUAACCACUGUAGAGGAGGAAAACUUACACAGAGAUUUAGAGGCAUACACACGUACAGAUCAUAAUGAGAGUAGUUCCCAAACCGAUUACGAAGUUGAGACGCGAUCUGAUGCAGAGUUGAGUUACCACACAGAUAAUGAAAAUUCUACAACGUCCUCUACAAGUUUAGAUGACUUAAUAAAUAUGUUAACGCCAGAAACUGCAUACCUCAAUCUUGGGCGUAGCGCCACAAUGAUGACGCUCAAACCCACAAAGCCCGAGUUCGACACUAAUAUAUCCUCUUUUCACAGUACGCCACGCCAUUCAACGUAUAUGCGGCGUUACUCAUCACCGUACGAUAACGGACAGUUGGAGAAAGUUAUUUUUGUGGCGGAACUCAGUCCGAUGAGACGUAGUCGUUCACCACAUGUGUCGAGUUCAUUUAAAAUGGCCGAUCAUUGUAAUGUCUCGCACAAUAAUUAUGUGAUAAAAUAGCUAAAGUUUGAAAUAAAUGAGCAAACAUAUUUUUUAA